GUUGGUUGGGCUUGUGUUUACAGCUCGGCUGGAUGCUGUUGGCUGCUGAUGUUAUUGGGAAAGUGCAAUGUUGUGCCAACGGCCAUUGGAAUAAAUAUAGCUGUGGGAAUAAAGGUGAUUUUGCUCAUCAUCUCCCACCACUUCCUCCUCCCGUCUUCCAUUCAUGAGCAGCGUGGCUGAGUUUAACAGCGGCAGCCAUGGAUGACAAGGGCUCGGUGGGGAAGAUUAGCGUGUCUUCGGACUCAGUGUCCACUCUCAACAGUGAGGACUUUGUCCUCGUGUCCCGGCUGGGGGACGAGACACCGUCCUCCACUAAUAAUGGUAGUGAUGACGAAAAGACAGGACUGAAGGUGAUUUCUGAGGAAGGGGUCAGCUUUAAGAUUGUGGGGAAUGGAAGUGAGCAGCAGCUCCAGAGGGAGUUAGAGGAUGUCCUUAUGGACCCAUCGGUAGCUGACACUGGGCUCGCAUCAGAAACAGGAAUGGACGGACUCGGUGGGGGCGACCAUAGCCUUCUUCCCACUACAGCCUCACCUGUUGCGCCAGGCUCUGACCCCCUGAGCGCACCGCCGCCCAAGUUGGAGAUGGUGCUUCCUGUUCAGACGGCUCAGGAGAGCGAGCUGAAUGAGAGGUCGUACCGAGCAGAUGAAUCAUCAUCAGAUGGCAGUCCCGGAAGUCCCAUCCCAGAUGAGGAUAGCGUUGUGUUCAGCCAGCUGACAUAUUUGGGCUGUGCUUCGGUCAACGCCCCCCGUAGUGAGGUGGAGGCCCUCCGUAUGAUGAGUAUCCUCAGAGGGCAGUGCCAAGUCCCCCUGGAUGUCACACUGUCUGUGCCAGGCGUGUCCGAAGGCACCGUCAGGUUGCUGGACCCCAAUGCCAGUACGGAAAUCGCCAACUACCCCAUCUAUAAGAUUCUGUUCUGUGUGCGAGGCCAUGACGGCACACCAGAGAGCGACUGCUUCGCCUUCACUGAGAGUCACUACAACGCUGAGAUCUUCAGGAUCCAUGUGUUCCGCUGCCAAAUCCAAGAAGCGGUGAGUAGGAUACUGUACAGCUUUGCCACAGCGUUUCGGCGGUCAGCUAAGAAGGCAGUUCUGUCAUCUCAGCAGGCUGCUCCACUCACCCCUGACAGUGACUUGUUUACCUUCACUGUCAGCCUCGAAAUCAAGGAGGAUGAUGGCAAGGGUACUUUCAGCGCUGUAGCAAAAGACAAGGACAAGCAGAGCUUCAAGCUGCGUGCAGGAAUGGACAAGAAAAUUGUCAUUUAUGUCCAGCAGACCUCCAACAAGGAACUGGCCAUUGAGAGGUGUUUCGGUCUCCUGCUCAGCCCAGGGAAAAAUGUGAAGAACAGCGACAUGCACCUGCUAGACCUGGAGUCAAUGGGAAAGAGCUCAGACGGGAAGUCUUACAUCAUCACAGGAAGUUGGAACCCCAACACGCCUCAGUUCCAGGCUGUGAAUGAGGAAACGCCCAAAGAUAAAUUCAUGUACAUGACAACAGCGGUGGACCUGGUGAUUACAGAGGUGGAGGAACCAGUCCGUUUUCUGCUGGAGACGAGGGUCAGAGUGUGCUCCCCAAAUGACAGGCUGUUCUGGCCCUUCAGCAAGCGUAACUACACUGAGACCUUCUACCUUAAACUACGCCAGAUGGAGCGUAAGGAGCGAAAGAGUCCUGCCUCUGACACACUUUAUGAGGUGGUGAGUUUGGAAAGUGAGACUGAGAGAGAGAAACGAAAGACCACAGCCAGUCCUGGCAUCCUGCCCACCGGGCCUGGUACCAUGGCUCCUUCACCACCUGAGGACGAUGAAGAGGAAGAUAACGAUGAGCCAUUACUCAGCGGUUCAGGGGACGUUUCCAAGGAGUGUGCAGAGAAGAUCCUGGAGACAUGGGGAGACUUGUUAUCCAAGUGGCAUAUGAAUUUAUCAGUGCGUCCCAGGCAGCUGCCAGCUUUGGUGCGGAGCGGCAUUCCUGAGGCUCUCCGUGGGGAGGUGUGGCAGCUCCUCGCAGGCUGUCAUAACAAUGACCACCAGGUAGAAGAGUACCGGACUCUUAUUACAAAGGAGUCCCCUCAGGACAGUGCCAUCACCAGGGACAUUAACAGGACAUUCCCAGCUCACGACUACUUCAAAGACACUGGAGGAGAUGGACAAGACUCCCUCUACAAGAUCUGCAAGGCUUACUCUGUUUACGAUGAGGAGAUUGGUUACUGCCAGGGACAAUCCUUCUUGGCUGCCGUUCUGCUGCUGCACAUGCCAGAGGAGCAAGCUUUCAGUGUGCUGGUCAAGAUCAUGUUUGAUUAUGGGCUCAGGGACCUUUUCAAGCAGAACUUUGAAGAUCUGCAUUGCAAGUUCUUCCAGCUUGAGAGACUCAUGCAGGAAUAUAUACCAGACCUGUACACCCAUUUCUUGAAUGUGGGUCUGGAGGCUCAUAUGUACGCCUCUCAGUGGUUCCUCACCCUCUUCACAGCCAAGUUCCCUCUUUACAUGGUCUUCCAUAUCAUUGACCUGCUACUGUGUGAGGGCAUCAGUGUGAUCUUCAAUGUGGCCUUGGCACUUCUGAAGACAUCAAAAGACGACCUGAUCCAAACAGACUUCGAGGGUGCUCUCAAAUUCUUUCGUGUCCCGGUUCCAAAGAGGUACCGUUCUGAGGAAAAUGCAAAGAAACUGAUGGAGCUGGCCUGUAGCAUGAAGAUCAGCCAGAAAAAACUGAAGAAAUUUGAGAAGGAGUACCACACCAUAAGGGAGCAGCAGGAGCAGCAGGAGGCCCCCAUCGAGAGAUAUGAGCGGGAGAACCGUCGUUUGCAAGAGGCGAACAUGCGUCUGGAGCAGGAGAAUGACGACCUGGCACAUGAACUAGUCAGCAGCAAGAUCGCCCUGCGCAAAGACCUCGAUAACGCUGAGGAGAAGGCAGACGCCCUGAAUAAAGAGUUGCUGCUGACCAAACAGAAACUGGUGGACUCUGAGGACGAGAAGAGGCGACUGGAGGAAGAGUCUACACAGCUGAAGGAGAUGUGCAGACGAGAGCUUGAUAAAUCUGAAUCAGAGAUUAAGAAGAAUGGCUCCAUCAUUGGAGAAUACAAGCAGAUCUGCUCCCAGCUGAGCGAACGACUGGAGAAACAACAGACGGCCAACAGAGGAGAGCUGGAGAAAAUCCGGUCCAAAGUGGAAGGCUGUGAGAAGUGCAGCGCUCUUUUCAACAAAGAGGGUCGCGUGCGGGCCGCCGUUACCACGGCGCCUGCUGGGGGGACCGAGGAGACGGACGAGGAGAAGGAGGGUUUGAAGAACCAGCUGAGAGAGAUGGAGCUGGAGCUAGCCCAGACCAAACUGCAGCUGGUGGAGGCCGAGUGCAAAAUCCAGGACCUGGAGCACCACCUGGGUCUGGCCCUCAACGAGGUGCAGGCUGCCAAGAAGACCUGGUUCAACCGGACGCUCAGCUCCAUCAAGACCGUCACUGGGACCCAGGGCAAGGAGACCACCUAACCCGAUAACCCCGUCAUCCAGAUGACCCCAGACCAAGUCUGGAGCUCGGUGCAGCCUGCUGAGACCUCUGGACACCUAACUUAACCCGCUGGGCCAUAACUUUAACUUGAACAUUGACCGUUAAAUCCCAGGAUCAUUACUACAGACUGUGUUUCUUGUUUCUCUGAUCAAAAAUGUCCUCGUGUUUCCCUGUUCCCACCCCUCCUGAGCUAACCACCCCCAUCCAUUUCUUCCCCUCUCCAACCUGAAUGACUACAGCCAGCUGUGCUGAUGAGAAGGGGCUGAAAAACACAAGAUGAAGUACAGUAGCACCACCAGAAAGAGAAACUGUGCUUCCACCAGUCACAGAAAGAAAAACGUUAAACAAAAAAAGAAAAGAAACGCUUCAUUUAUUUCUGUCUUUGUACUGCUGAUAUUAAAGACCCGCAGAAGGAAGGUAGGACAUCUGAACUCUAACUGUCCUGAUGGGAUAGACAAGAAAACAGUCCGUCCUUCCUUACUGUUCUGCGUGCUCCCCUCUAAACUACUGGCACAAACCAACCAGUCCCUGUAAAAUGUUUGUUUUAGGUACGAGAGCUAAUAGACGCCUUUUCAAAACUGAGCUUUUUCUAAUUUACGUUGAACAAUACCCUUCUUUUCUAUGUAUGUACAUGAAUGUGCUUAUGUAAAGAGGACACGUGUGUAAGUGUGCAUGUUUUUUUGUUCUGUGCUGAAUGUGAGAUGAGUGUGUGUGUGUGCGACUGAUAAAAAACAUGUCUGAAUGCAUAAAUAUAUGAAUUAACGUUAUAAUGUGUGUAUAAAAGAAAGAAGGAGAGAGAGUGUGGAAGUCCAAGGGAAAGAAAAAGCACUAAGGUUAUGAGUGUGUGCAUGUACGGGAAGUUUUUCCUGAUUGUCUAGUUUUCCUUUAAUGUUCAAAUGUGUAUAUGAAUGAUGCUAAAGAAAAGUUUGCUGACAAAGCCUUGGUCUGAAGGUCGAUACAGAUACCAGUGGAUAUGAAUAAAAUUUAGGGUCAGAGCAGGAGCGUAAAAGCUGUUGUUAAUACCAACAGCAGCUUAACUGCUCCAGGUUUGCUUGAUUUGGAUGCCUCAGCACAAAGAAACUAAAAAAAAAAGCUCCAAACCAUGCAAACCUCCACAUGUGUUACACAGUGUGUGUAUGUUUGUUAGGACACUGUUUAACCCCCGGCGGCGUGAUGCUCGUUACUGACACAAACAUCACCUAAUAGAAGCGUAAGGUCCAAAUGGAAAACACACACAUACAGAAAGUGAUUCCUGCUGCCUCGCUCUCCCCGGCUGCCUGCUCUGACCUCUGACCUUUGACCUUGACUGACCGGGGUCAUGUUUGAUACCUUUCUGAAGUGGUGUAAAAAGAUUGUAUCCUGUGAGUCAAAGGGAGAAUCUGGUGAUGUAAGGACGUUUUUAUUGGCUCAGAGUUCAGAGUUCCAGCAGGAUGUAAUUUCUGCCGCGUGGGAUCAUGGGAGUUGUUGGCUACAUUGUUAAACAAGCGUUACUGAUGAAAUGAAUAGUCAUGCGCCAUCACAAGUGACCACCUCAAGCAAUGGUAAACAAAACAAGUGGCUGGCCAGCAACUUCCUUCCUCACUCUGUGACAUAUCAGCUGGUGUUUUCUCAGAAGUGAGAGCUGACCAAAUUAAUGAACAAAUUACAGAUUUCUCUUGAACACUGUUGCAAUUAUUUGGAAUAAGUAUGAAAUCAACAAAAUAUAUUCCAUAGGUGUGAUCGCUUUUAGACAUUUUAAUACGGAAAUGCUACAUGUUAUACUUUUAAUGCCACAGUGUACAGAAGCAUCAUUAGUCUGCUGCUGCAUCUCCUCAUGGCUGUGUGACAAAACACUCAUCUCAAGAUCCAGCACUGUGACAGAAGCUUGUGUUUAUUCCGGCUGCCUGCACUCCAAACAGUAGAGCACCUUUGGGAUGAGGUGGAACAUGACAACCACAGCACAAGCAUCAGGCAGUCUCUGAAAAAAAAAAAAUCUGCAGGAAUUUAUCGAAUUUAUCGAACCGG